CCGUGUGCUGGCAGGCGGCCGGGGGGGGCCGCGGCCCGGCGGCAGGUGGCAGCAGCAGGCCCCGCCCCGCCUCGCCCGUAAGCGCCUCCGCGGAAGCUCACGUCGCCCUGAGCCGGGGGUGGGAAGGGCCGGGCCGGGCCGGGGCCUGGGGCCGCGCGCAGCCAUGAGCUUCCACCGCUCUGAGAGCGACUGGCAGGGGCUGGUGAGCGAGUAUCUGGUGUGUAAAAGGAAGCUUGAAAGCAAAAAGGAAGCUUUGUUAAUCCUUUCCAAAGAGCUGGACACGUGUCAACAGGAAAGAGACCAGUACAAGCUUAUGGCCAAUCAGUUGCGAGAACGACAUCAAUCACUGAAGAAGAAAUACCGAGAGCUGAUUGACGGGGAUCCAUCUCUUCCCCCUGAAAAGAGGAAACAGGCUAAUCUUGCCCAACUAUUGAGUGAUUCUCGGGAUCGAAAUAAGCAUCUGGGAGAAGAAAUAAAAGAACUGCAGCAAAGGCUGGGAGAAGUGCAAGGCGACAAUAAGCUCCUUAGAAUGACGAUAGCAAAACAGAGGCUUGGAGAUGAAGAAGUUGGAGCGCGCCAUUUCGCAGCCCAUGAGCGUGAAGACCUUGUUCGGCAGUUGGAGAAAGCACGAGAACAAAUUGAGACUCUAGAACAUGAUCUUCAAGCAGCGUUGGAUGAGUUACAGGAUGUAAAAGAAGAACGCUCCUUUUACCAGGAUAAAGCAGACCGACUAAACCAGGAACUUAAUCAUGUCCUAGGAGGACAUGAAAACCGCAUCAUUGAUGUGGAUGCUCUGUGUAUGGAGAACAGGUACCUCCAAGAGAGAUUAAAGCAACUUCAAGAAGAGGUCAAUCUUCUUAAGUCUAACAUUGUUAAGUACAAGAAUGCUCUAGAGAGACGGAAGAAUUCCAAGAGUCACAGUAGAUCCAGUAGCAGUGCUCUGACGGGAGUCCUUUCUGCAAAACAAGUUCAAGAAUUGUUGUCGGAGGAUCACGGGUGCAGUCUACCAGCCACACCCCAAUCCAUUUCAGACCUCAAGUCUUUGGCCACUGCCUUGCUGGAAACCAUCCAUGAGAAAAACAUGGUCAUACAACACCAAAGACAAACCAACAAAAUUCUAGGAAACCGAGUGGCAGAGCUGGAGAAGAAGUUAAGGACAUUGGAAAUUUCUGGUUUGUGGAGUCUUCCAGGUGGAAAGGAUACUAUCACAUUCAGUGAUCCAACCCUGCCUGUUAUACAGCGGUCAAGAUCACCAUUAACGUUUACUGGCAAGCCACCACAGAAUGAAGCACAGAGGCAUGAAGCACAAGCAGUGGGAGAACUAGAUGAUACUUGCACUGUUACAAAUAAGCUGACAGCUCCAAAGGAAUCUUCUGAGGUUUCUGAAGCCCAUCUAAAUAACAGUAACCAAAAUAAGCAUCUUCACCCCUCGCUACCCCAGUUACCUUCUGAGGAAGAAGAUAUAAACAGACUUGGAAGUGAAAUAAUAAAAUUAACAGAAGAACAAGCAGCUACAGAACUCGGAGGGAGCAAAACAGGAAGUCCAGCAGAGGGCCAGAGUCCAAGGGGCCAACCAGAGCUCAGUGGUUCAUCUGAGGGACAGUCCCCAUUAUCCAGCCCUGAUUCAUUUGACCCCACAGAAGCCUCCAGCUCAGAGACUGAGCAAGUCCUGAAAGACAAUUAUGAAAUCUCAGAGAGUGUUUGUGAAAAUCUGAAUGAGAAAAAGCAUGAAAAUAGUGAGACACUGGAUACCGAAGGACUUGGAGAUGUAACUGCUACAGCUGCACGCACAAAUAACAUCUUGGACCAUCCCCCUGAACCAGAGAGUGACAGACCAUCAGAUCCUGCUGAAAACUGAAUAACUGGAUAACAGCUUGGCUUGAGGUAUGAAGUCCAAGCCCUCAAGCAUCUCCUGUCAUUCUUUGCCAGUGCACGCUGUGUUGUUGUGAAUGUGGGUACUCGCUGAAACAGUGUUGCCGUAGAGUUGGUUUUUACAUCAGUUUGUCAACAAUUGUCUAUUAAAAAGGGUUUUUUUCCCUAUUAAUAGUGAUUAUACUGUACCAAAAAAUGUAAAUAUGUAAUGGGGAGAACUUGAAGCUGAUGGCUUUUUCAUCAUGCUUCUAGUAUUUACAGUGAUUUAAAGUUUCUAGGUGGAUAGGCAUAACUGAGAAUAAUGGGGUCAGGAGACCCACCAUUAUGCUCUAUCAUAUCUAGUCUUAGCUGGAUCUCAAUGGUAUGUAUAUUCUUGGCAGCAGAACAUGUUUUUUAAGGGUUAGAAAUGUCUUUUUUAGUUGAUGGAGAUUUGUCAUUCUAAACUGAAAAGAAUUUUGAGGUUUACAGGGUUUUAUUUGUUUUCUAAACUUCUGUUCCCUAUCUGAAUGUAGUUGCUGCAAGUGAGCAUUUAGGAGAGCAGCAUUUGAUCUGCUCUAAAAACAAAACCAGCACAUACAGUUCCCUCAUCUCAAAGCUCCAUUUCUUCUACAGAGUGUAAAUUUUUCCUUCCUCCGCUCACGUUGGAAACUGCAUGAAAAUUUGUUUUAGAUACAGCUGUGAAGUCCUGUCUUUUAUUGAAGGGAAGGUUCCCUGGAAAAACGCACUCCUUUCUAGGAGGUAUGGCAGAGCUGAUUGGGGAAAGAGGCAUAGGCUUGUCCUCCUGCCAUACUCUUGGUAUCAGUUCAUGGAAGUGUAUGUUUCCUGCCCUCAGGAGUUGAAACAGUGCAUGGGCAGUUGGCCCUUUGGCAGGAAACAAAGUUAAUCUAAGUCUAUCCACACUUUCAUUUUUUUUUUCUUUUUUUAAAGAAAAGUGGACUUUUCUAUCUGGAAGGAGGGCGGUGUUUCUUGUUCACAUCUGCUUACCACCUCUUUGGGAUAGUGAUGGAGUAAUUUGAGUCCCAGUGGCCCUCUUAACUUUCUUCCCAGAUUGUUAGUCAGUCCUCAGAAAAACAUUUCAAUGUUAGGGGGUUCCUUAGAGCAAAUCUCCAGAUCUCCAGUGAUGUUGGAGCUAUGCCACUCCUCCAAGAAAGGCAGCCUCAAGGCAAUGCUUAAUGUUGGUGAUAGCAGCUGUUGGAGGAGGGGAGGGUGCUUCCUUCCUCUCCUGUUGUAGAAGGAACAGUGUCUGCAGCUGUGAAGAUCCUAUGGGCCAGCAGCCGUAGAGGCAAUUUUUCUGCUGGCUUGGGACCUAAUUGUCUGUAAAUAUUCAUUUUUCACUCCUAGAAACUUGAAACCAAUCAGAGAGAAUUAAACCAAAUUUAAUAAAAUGCUACUAAUAAAAAGGAAAAUCCCUCCCAGAUUGAGUCCUCGUUUGACAAAUAUCUGCCAGCUGCAAAUUUUUACAGCCCACUUGUCAGCUACUGAAAAACAGGGUUUAUAUUAGGAACGCUGACACGCUUCUCUGUAUGUGGAAGCUGAGCUAGCAGGUGUUGCCAUAAUCAAAGGUGUUUAAUUCCAUGAGCAGUUUGUAUUCGGCAGAAGAAAGCCUGUUUUUAAUGGUAACAUCUGAAUAUAAGGAAUGAUGGGACACUGAAAAAUGUGACCUGCCUCUGUGUUUUUAUGCAUUCGCCCUAAUGGGAGCAUGCGUGUAACCCUUUCUCUACUGUGUUUGACUGCUCUGUCAUUGCCACCAUGUUCAGGCAAUAAAGGAAUACUUGCAGCACUCCUCUACCAUGUCUCCUUUGUAUUUAAAGGGUCUGGUAUGGCAUUUCACUGGUAUAAAAAACAGCCCUUUGAAACCAGACUUGCUUGUUUUACAUUUAAAUACUCUAGGGGCAAGCAAGAAUAAGAAGUUGAAGCUUUCUUCCCUUAUUUCUAAUCUAAGUUCAUCCUAACCCAAAGACUGAGAAGAGUUGAACGGUGAUUAUGCUGUUGCUAUUAAUGAUGACUGUCUACAUCAGUGGGGGCCAACUUAUUUGGCAGACAUGCCAUAAGUUUGUCCCAUAGCCUCCCCGAGUUUGUCUCCAUCCCCUUCCCCCUGCCUGAUCUGCUGCUCUGCUUUUUCCCUCCUGACCUCUCUGUCUCUGUGCUGCCUGCCCCUCCCUGUUCUGCCAUUUGGCACACACACAAGCUGCUUGUACUGCUUACGGCCACCCCAGUCUACAUUACUGAGGGCAUGUGAAUAAGUUAUGGAGGGGAAACAAGGAAAGGAAUUUACAAUGCGUAGUAACUACCCAUGUGAAUGCUCUUACCCAAGGUAAGUGACAGUUAACAGUUAACUAGCUUUGUACUCGGUGAUAGUGGGAGCAGGUUGCUGCAGGUUAGUUGAGGCUGUGUGCGCGCACAGGCUGUUACCGUGGAACAGCUGACAGGGUCUAAAGCUCUGCCCUUCCUUAUCUCAUGGGAACUUUGCUUGUCUGUCUGUACAUCAAGUAUACAACAAUGGUGACAGGCCUGAAGAAAAAGCCCCACAUUGAAAUCAUUGAAAUAUUGCAGGCAUUCCAAGGAGUUUAUUUUCUUCCAUCUUUCAUUGCAGCUUGCUUUGGUCCAAAGCUCAAUGCCAAUGUAGAUAUGACAAAAAUGCAGCCAAAAUUGGGGCUUUCUGGAAAUUUAAAAAUGAUGAUAAACUGUUAUAUAACACUCCUUAUGUAAUGUAAUGGGGAUAGAAUUCGUGUCCCUGAGUCUCCUCCACAUGGAACAGGGCCAUAGCCAAAGCUCAGUUAAGUCAGUGAGAGUCUUUCCAUGACUUCUGUGAGUUUUUUGGAUCAGUCUGCAAAUGAACAGUAAUGUUACAUGGAGGUGGUGCUGGGGCCUAUGAGAGAAGAGUAAGGUCCACAAAUUGAGUCAAUUGGACAUUUAUCUUGCUGGGAUCCUGUGACCUCAGCUGACUUUCUGCCCCUGUGGCAGGGGCUGGACUCGAUGAUCUUCUGAGGUCCCUUCCAGCCCUAAUGUCUAUGAAAUCUAUGCAAUUGUCUUUGGUUCCUGAAAUGUUAUCUUGUUUCUGUUUUGGGGGGGGGGGGGGGGCAGAUGAGCAGCUCUGAAAGAGAACUCAUAUCGUCAUCCCGCAUGUUAAAUUUUCUUAAGGAUUAACCUCAUGCCAUUCCUCCCACGUGGAUUCCAUUUCUGUUCUUUUGCCAUCAUUUCUAGCCAGGCACCACCAAGUAGACCUCAUUUCAGUACUAUACUACCGGCCUCUCCUGACAGAGUCCGGUGUAGCUUGUGCUCUUUUCAUAUGUACCGUUCUUUUAAGUAAGAUUUGUUUGUACUAACAUACAAUUGACUGUACACUGUGGUCUUUAUUCUCCUUCCGUUGAAGUUGCUGCUGUGCUGGUCAGUAGUGUAACUAGGGUGGACAAGCAGGGCGCCAGCUCCGGAUGCAAAGUUGUGGCCCCCCCAUGGGACUUGCACUGCCUCUGCCCAGCCAGAGGAGCUGAGCAGGGUACCACCAUACCAAGCAGUGCAUCUAGGGGGCAGGGGGUGAAUGGAACAAGCGGAAUGGUGCAUUCCCCUUCCUCCUGCCCCUCAGUAGCCUUUGCAAGAGCAGUCACAACCCUGUGCCUAAUGUAUGUCUUUGGUCGGGGGGAGAAAGCAAAUGAGGCACCAGUCAGCUCUGACAGCCCAGCCACAGGGCUCAGUCAAGGAGCAGAGGUAAUGCUGCUACUGUUGUUGUUGUAUAAGCAGCAGUGGCAGCACUAGCCUGGGAAUGCAAGCCUUCCCUUCCCCUCGCCCGCAUCUCCCCCUUCUGUACCCUCCUCCCCUGUGGUGCACAGUGGUCAGCAUACCCCUAUACCCACCUCCCUGCCCAAGGUGUCCCUGCGCUUCUGAUAACAGUGUAACUAUUGUCUUUGUGGAGUUGCUCAUUGUUUUCCAUGUUGAGACAUGCUUUCCUUCUCUAAGAUUUUAAAAGUGUCUUGUGGUAGGCUUACUCAGCCACAAACCUUAUCAAUAAUAGGAUUGGGGAGGGAGAGAGGGGAGUCAAAGCCAACAUUUCAGAGAUUUUUUUUUAAGACUCCACUAUCAUUAAUGGUAACACUUGGGCGACUUCCCUUAUUUUGUAUGCUUCUAAGAGAUAGUAAAAUUGUAAUGGAGACCAAUAGCAAAUCCAUGGGUUAACUGGAAAGAACAGGUUGCACUUUAAGGGUACUGUUGUGUUGUGGCUAUUUCAGAAAGGGUAUUCAAUGAAUCUGUAAAACACAAGUGUGUGAAAAUGGCAGACUAAGAAACAUUUUUUAAAAGCUGCUUCCUUUCUAAAUGCAGCUAUUUUUAUGCAAAGGGCAAUUUGUAUAAUAAGGAAAUCAGAAUUUCUUUAAUCCAUAUGAGCUCAGGAAUGUAUUUUAGAAUCUUAGCUGAGAUUACGUUGAACGCCUAUUAAAAUUAAAAAAGAUGGGGAUUUUUUACCAGCUGCUGUUUUAUAGCUUUAUUUAAAAAGAGAUGCACUUUUUAUUUAUUUGCAAACCUUUCUUUUGUUGCAAUCUGCAAUCAUCCUGUAACAUGACUAAACUACAUAAAUAUAUAUUUUGUCACCUGGAAUAAAGAAAAGCAUUUCCUGA